ACUGAGGUACUCGACAUUAUUUUGCUACGACGGGAUGCAAUAUAUUUCAUUAUCACCUUUUUAUUUGAGGCAAAAUUAAUUUUCAAAUAAUGUUUUGUUUUGAUGUCCUUUGUUAACAUUAUACAUAUUUUAUAGAAAUGUAGGCUGUAUUAUGCUUUCUUCUAAAUGAUUAUAUUUGUGCAUUUUACAUAAAAAAUUAUAAAGCAAUGACUUCCUUAGUAGGGGCAUAUUCUGUGUUAUUUCUUACGUUUUGCCUUACUUGUGAGGGCUUCUACAGGAAACCAUAUGAGACCGGACCAACAACAACCCAGGUAAUUCUACCGCCGAAACCACAAGGCACGCCGAAGCCGUUUAUACCUAUUUCUUACAAGCCCGCCAUCGACAAUGGAGGUAGUACUUAUAGUUGGGAUACCAACAUUGUCUACGAAACUCUGGCUCCCGAUGUACGAAGAGGAGGCAGAAAUGACUACUACUCCACCGGCUGGGGUAUCACGUUCAACAUCUGGAUUUGGAUUGAAGUGGUUCCGUAUACAGAGAACUACAUCAGGUGGUACUUCAGGACGACCACUAUACCGUCCGUAGUCGUGGUGUGGUGGUACACCACGGAGUACUAUGGAAGCUGGGGACAUCAAAUUAGAGCGUACGAUGACAGAGUAGACGAAGUUCAAAAGAAGAGCAGUGGCCUCGAAUACACUUGCUUCAGCUGGCAGAGAGGCUGUGACGAAAGCAGCCUGCUGAUUGUCGAGAAUUAUCACUCCUCGGGCCGGAUGAGGUCCAUUGGAGGUGGAACCGAUGGAACCGAUAAUACACUGAUCGCCUUUAUUGUCAUCGCAGUGCUUAUCGGAGCCGGCAUCGGAGGAGUCAUGUACUACCAAAAGAGAGCCGCGGCCGCUAUGGCAGAGGGCGAGGAGGGUGAGGGGGAGGUGGACGGAGAGGCGAAGGAGGAACCAGCAGAGGGCGAAGAAAAGGCGGAAGAAGAGCCUGAAUAGUAAACGUGCAUACUGCAUGAUUUAUUUUACCAAAGAAGUCCGAUUUUACAUUUUUAUUUGUGCAUCAUAACGAGGCAUUGUGCCAUUACAAUGAAAAUAUGCUUGCAAAGUGUAAUUUAUUUACCUUUUAUUUCAAGUGGAAUAAAUAUAAGAUAUGCCA